AUGGUUGGUGUGAGUUAUGAGUUCUUAGUGAUGGCUUCACCUUCGGCCAUUAGAAAUUAUCCUCCACGCUUGUAUGAGGCUGGAAAAACUCCAAUGAAGAACAUAAGCAUGAAUCACAGCUGUCACUUGUUGAAUCUUCAUAUGGUUGAAGAAGCUGUUGGUGUAGAUGCUUGGGAUGUGUUGAAGGAAUCUGAUGUUGGAGUGAUCAUCAAGGCUGAAGGAGUUGGAUUGCACUUCCUCAGUGGGCAGAAAGAAGACGACAAAGAAGGUAAAAUGUAA